CGAGGAGUCUGACAUUUACGCGCGGGGAUAUCUACGCAACAAAACAAAACAAAAACAAGUGCACUUGUUUUGCGGGGAUAGUUGCCAUAUCCACGGUAGCUGCCUACAUACAUCAGUUCUUUUGCGCCUUCUGCGUCGCGAACCCGUCCUUCAGCAGUCAUGUCCGAGGUUCUGCCGUACGGAGAGGGGAAAAUGAGCGGAUACGGAGCGGACAACGAUGUCAGUCAGAUGUCUUUCAGCUGCGGGCUGCAGGACACCAACUCGUUCUUCGGAGCGUCGCAGGCGAAAAGACCUCCAAAACUGGGACAGAUCGGCAGAGCGAAGAGAGUGGUCAUCGAGGACGACCGAAUAGAUGAGGUGCUGAAAGGCAUGACCGACAAAUCAUCACCGGGCGUUUAAACCCGCGCGAUGCCUUGCAGACAUUUCAAUUUUUUAUCACCGAUUCGAAGCACUUGUCGGUUGUGCAUGUGAAGAAGAUUGCAAAGAGAUGGAGAGACGGUGGCACGACGCUCGAACCACGAGGAGACUAAACUAAAAAGGGCAAACGCGAAUAAAAGAAGGGAGAGACGGAAUUUCCUUUGGUGUUUGCUGGCAGUUCUCCAAUAUGAACGACAAUGGAAGCUUUGAGGAAGAUGUCGGAGAUGUUGUUGAGGCUGCCCGCUGCGGCUCAUCUGUGAAUAAGGAUGGAUGGACUUGCCAUUAUUAUUCCACGACCAUCAUCUUCCAAAAGCGCUGUAAGCAACACGAAGUUCAACCGAAGACUGAACCGCAUCUUACGCUCUGUUACUAUAGAUGGAUGUACAGUAUCUUAGCUCAAAGACCUUCCCCAUAACACACAAACACGCACACGCGCACACACAUAUGUGGAUCUGCCUUGAGCGUCGACUUCAAUCCG